AUGUCCGUCUUUAUUUUUUUUUUAAGCAUUACGCCCCAUUUCUUUCUCUUCCUUUUUUCGGGAUUGCUGCCUAAAUACACAAUUAUAACAUCUAUCUAUCUAUCUAUCUAUCUAUCUAUCUAUCUAUCUAUCUAUCUAUACAUAUUUCCGUUUAUUUGUGAACAUAUUCCUUAUUAUAUUAUAAUGGCAAGUUCUUCCUCUUUUUCUCUUUUCAAUUUCCUUCUUUCUUCCUUUCUUUCUUUCUUUCUUUCUUUCUUUCUUUUUUUUGUUCAUUAUAUGAUCUAUUAUCAAAUUCACCUGAACGAUCUUUCUUUUCAUUCUUUGUUCUUCAUUUUCUUUAUUUAUUCCUCCGUUUUUGUAUGUUUUCUUUACUUCCUCGUAUUUAUUAUUUCCUUCAUUAACAGUUUUCAUUCUUUUAUUUCUUUCAUAGGAUCUCCUUUUUUAUUAAUUCGUAUAUUUUCCUUCCUAUCCUAUUUUUAUUUAUUUCCUCUUUCUUUCAUUGCUGUUUCACUUUCCUCCUGCCAAUACACAAAGCCUCCAUCUCUUUUACAUCCAUUCGUAAGUUCUUUUUUUCUUUCCUUUCUUCCUUCUUUUUUUCUCUCUUUCACAUAUUGUUUCCCAUUUUUCUAA